AUGUCUGGGACUAUAGGUAGAGCGGUACUCCCUCAGCCUCGAACAAAAACUAUUGUUGUGUACAGGAAUGGGGAUGCUUUCUUUCCUGGAUGAAAGUUUAUUAUAAAUCAACUACAGACGUCAACUUUUGACAGCUUUUUGAGCAGUCACGUGUUGGGUAGAGGCUCCUUUUGGAGCUGUACGGAAUGUUUACAUUCCAAGGGAAGGGCACAAAAUCCAUGACCUCGACAACUUGCAGCACGGGGAGAGAUAUGUUGCAGCCGGAGGAGAGCGUUUCAAAAAAUCUUGAGUGGGUACACUGUAAUUAGCCGGCAAUUAAGGAUGAUAUCAUUGUUAAACUGCCUUGUUGUUGCUGGUGCAGCCAGCAAGAAAAAAUCCUUUAUCUAUGUAAACAAUGCCUAACUAGAUGCAGGUGCACCCAAAAUGACAAAACCAAAAUGCAUGGGUGAAAGUGUUGUGGUCAGAUGAGACCAAAAUGGAGCUCUUUGGCAUCAACUCAACUCGCCGUGUUUGGAGGAGGAGGAAUGCUGCCUAUGAUCCCAAGAACACCAUCCCAACCGUCAAACAUGGAGGUGGAAACAUUAUGCUUUGGGGGAGUUUUUCUGCUAAGGGGACAGGACAACUUCACCGCAUCAAAGGGACGGUGGACGGGGCCAUGUACCGUCAAAUCUUGGGUGAGAACCUCCUUCCCUCAGCCUGGGCAUUGAAAAUGGGUGGUGGAUGGGUAUUCCAGCAUGACAAUGACCCAAAACACACGGCCAAGGCAACAAAGGAGUGGCUCAAGAAGAAGCACAUUAAGGUCCUGGAGUGGCCUAGCCAGUCUCCAGACCUUAAUCCCAUCGAAAAUCUGUGGCGGGAGAUGAAGGUUCGAGUUGCCAAACAUCAGCCUCGAAACCUUAAUGACUUGGAGAAGAUCUGCAAAGAGGAGUGGGACAAAAUCCCUCCUGAGAUGUGUGCAAACCUGGUGGCCAACUACAAGAAACGUCUGACCUCUGUGAUUGCCAACAAGGGUUUUGCCACCAAGUACUAAGUCAUGUUUUGCAGAGGGGUCAAAUACUUAUUUCCCUCAUUAAAAUGCAAAUCAAUUUAUAACAUUUUUGACAUGCGUUUUUCUUGAUUUUUUUGUUGUUAUUCUGUCUCUCACUGUUCAAAUAAACCUACCAUUAAAAUGAUAGACUAAUCAUUUCUUUGUCAGUGGGCAAACAUACAAAAUCAGCAGGGGAUCAAAUACUUUUUUCCCUCACUGUAAGGCCACUGACUAUAUCCUCAUCUUGUUUAUUUUAUAUAUUAGCAAUAAUAUAUGAACCUGACCAUAGGAUGUGUUUUCUAUGACAAAGCUUUUUGAAAAUCAUCCAUGUGUGUAUAUUUAUUGCAAUAUGAACUGAUAUUUGAUACCAUACUGGCCAUCAUGUCUUUGUCAAUAGAGGAAUGCAUGAACACACCUCUGAAAGAUAGGCCUAGGCCAGGGGUCUUCAACCUUUUCUUGCAUAUUGCAUGUAACAAACAGUUACAGCAUGGUCAAGCAAGUUUUUCAGAUGUUUUCGGACUACUAAACAACUAUUGAUUUAGAACCACAGAGAGUUACCACAAGUCGUAAAGAAAACAGGAACUGCCUACACUAUUCCAGCAAUAUUUCAACUUCAACAUUUCAACAUAAUCUAAUCACCUAAGCUUAGUCUAAUACAGUGACAACUAAAAUAUACCAAAAAACGAUUUAGUCCAAUCAACGUAAGCUAAAUAUGAUGUGGCUGUCCAUGUUACUGAUUUAUCUGUGUGUGUGUGUGUGUGUGUGUGUGUGUGUGUGUGUGUGUGUGUGUGUGUGUGUGUGUGUGUGUGUGUGUGUGUGUGUGUGUGAGUGCGUGCGUGCGUGCGUGCCAUCUGUGGAACUGAGGAAAAACAUCCCUACUUGUAGAGAAACGCCAAUGCCAUCCACCUCCUUAAUGUUACCUAAACAGUCUAACUUCCUUUCAUGGGCAACGAUGUGCCAGACAUUCACAGCUGAGCUCACUCAGUUUAGCUCAAUGCUGAUUGGCUAUUAUUUUAGACUUUUUUUUUAUCAAGAGAGGCCAAAUGCUCGCUGGCUUGCCUUGCAUGUUUUUCAGUGGCAGGGACUGGGAGACUAGUCAGGAUCGAGGGAAAGAUGAACGGAGCAAAGUACAGAGAGAUCCUUGAUGAAAACCUACUCCAGAGCGCUCAGGACCUCAGACUGGGGUGAUGGUUCACCUUCCAACAGGACAUCGACCCUAAGCACACAAUCAAGACAAUGCAGGAGUGGCUUUGGGACAAGUCUCUGAAUGUCCUUAAGUGGCCCAGCCAGAGCCCGGACUUUAACCCGAUUGAACAUCUCUGGAGAGACCUGAAAAUAUCUAUGCAGCGACGCUCCCGUCCAACCUGAAAGAGCUUGAGAGGAUCUGCAGAGAAGAAUGGGAGAAACUCCCCAAAUACAGGUGUACCAAGCUUGUAGCGUUUACCCAAGAAGACUUGAGGCUGUAAUCGCUGCCAAAGUUGCUUCAACAAAGUACUGAGUAAACUGUCUGAAUACUUAUGUAAAUUUGAUAUUACCGUUUUUUUACUUUAAUACAUUUGCUGAAAUUUAUAAAAACCUGUUUUUGCUUGUCAUUAUGGGGUAUUGUGUGUAGAUUGAUGAGGAAAAAACAAUUUGAUCAAUUUUAGAAUAAGGCUGUAACGUAACAAAAUGUGGAAAAAGUGAAGGGGUCUGAAUACUUUACGAAUGCACUGUAGAUGGUCUACACAUACUGAGACAGAGGGGGUGCUGUUUCAUUCGCUCGGAUGCUUUCUCUGGUGAGAUACAUUCAGCCUCUUACGAAUUGAAGGAAAUUUAUGAUACACAAAGAAACAAAAUUAUAUGUUUGUUGGGGGUCAGUUUUUUGGGGAAGCCUGGUUUCCCUUGGCAUCCAUGAAUACACACCACUGUCUUAUCAUCAGGUGAAUGAUGAUGGCAAGGAGAAGUAAUCAACAUUUUAAAAUGAAUAGAUUUGGUAGAUAUAGUUUUUCAUUAUUUUGACCUCUAGCCCAUUAGCUAGAAAGGUAACUUGAAACAUAUUUUUGCUAAGAGCAGCUAUUUAGCUGGUUAAACAAAGGUUAUCUGUGUGUUGGCAAAAAUAUAUGUCCAAGUCAAGAAGCUUACUAGCAGCAACAGCCACUUGCUGCACUGGUAGCCUAUUCGCGGGUGCUUUUUCAAAGCCUAUGCUAGGUACUCCAGUGAGUGUAAUUUGUUAAAUAUUAGGAGUUGAGAAAUAAAGUUGACAUCAUUAGAACUAAGAUAUUCUCCUCUUUUCUACUGUAGGUAUGUAUUAAAAAUAUAUAUAUUCUGUCGUUGCUAGUGAUAUUCAUAAAAACAUUGAAAUAAAACACGUUAUUAUUUAUUAUUAUUAUUUUAUUAUAUUUCUGUGGACCCCCUGCAGUACCACUGGCCUAGGCUAUCAAUGUUACAUUCACACAAUAAUCUUACAAGAUUGGAAGGUUGUUGGUAAUAACCAUACAUACUGUAAUAACUUUAAUUUCUGUUGUUUUAAAUCACAGAUCUCACCUGUAGUUCACAGCAGAAUAGUUGUUUCUGCUCGCUGGAGGAAAAUUAGAAACGAGUCAUCAAGUGAGUUUGGGUUUUCAAGUGUCCCACAUCCUUAUUGUGCAUUUGCAAACAUUAUUCUUUGCAUUGAAAUGUAUACAAAAUAGGCAUGAACUCUUUUCACUUGUCAUGUAAUUCUAUGAUUGCCAAAACUACGUAGGUCGAAAUGUUUCUUGUGUCCCAUAAUACUUAGGGAUAUGUUACUUAUUCAAAUGUGUUAGAUUUGAUCGAUUUAUGUAGGCUACGCCUACUAAAUUUCGGAUGUUGAAAAUGUCAAUGAUCAUAACCAUGUUAAAACUGCAAGCCCUUAAAAAUGGUCUGAGUUUCAUGUGUCGUAUUUUGUAGCGUUUUUAACCAAUGGAGAUGUGCUGGUUCCUCCAGCUCGGAUACUGAUACCAAAGUAUACUCUCACAAACUGGCAAAGUGUCUUGGCCAUGGUGACGAGAGGGUAUGUCUGUGCACAG